AUGUUCAUCGGUGUUAUAAGCGGUACAUUUCCGGGUGUAAUCCCAUUGUCCAAAAGACCAGCUCUUGAAAAGAGUGGGCUUCCCGUAUACCAGCCCUCGGGAUCCGCCGCCGCCUAUCAACAGGCGCUGGCAAUGCAUCAGUCAUUCGUCCCGCUGUCAUUUUAUUACCCAAUGGCCGGACAUCCACACGGGGUUCAACGGUCAUUUGGAGCUUAAAACCCAUU